ACUGGCGGUCGGAGUUGUGUUUCUGAAAAGGGGAAUGUGAAUCAGUCCCAGACUUUAUAAACCACCAGCCCCACAGGAAUUGAAAAAGUCGUAUGGUAUUUGAAUACUUUUCAGCCUUUGGACUGCCAGGCGUGUCACUCAUUUCCUGGGCAACACCCCUUUGGAAAGUAUUUAAACAGGGAAACUUUCUCCGCUUUCAAACAAAUCUGAGAGCAAAACAAGGAGGAGGGAGCGAAGCUGAAACUACAAAGAGCGACCUAACCAAGCCUAACCAAGCCCAGCCCAACUCAACACUUAGAAUUCAACUGGAGUAACGGUCAAACUCAAGAUGUUUGGAAAAAUGAUCAUUGAAGGAUGCCUUAUUCUACUGGCCGUCUGCUUGGUGGAAGGCGAGGACUGCUCGCUGCCCUGCGACUGCCCCUCAGAAGUUCCUCCCUGCCCGCUGGGCACCAGCCUGGUCCUGGAUGGGUGUGGCUGCUGUAAGGUGUGUGCCAGGCAAGCGGGUGAUCCCUGCUCUGGGCUGGAGCCCUGUGACCACCACAAGGAGCUGUACUGUGACUACAGCAUCCUGAGCGACACUGAGACUGGCAUCUGCAUGGCCCGUGAAGGAGCCACGUGUGACCUGGGAGGGGUGAUCUACCGCAGCGGCGAGACUUUCCAGCCCAGCUGCAAGCACCAGUGCAUCUGCAUGAACGGGGAGAUCGGCUGCGUGCCCACCUGCAGCAACAACGUCCGGCUGCCCUCGCCCGACUGCCCCUCCCCACGCCGGGUCAAGAUCCCAGGCAAGUGCUGUGAGGACUGGGUGUGCGGCCAGGACCAGGGGGAUGAUCCCUUCCAGGCAGCCAUGGCAGUGUAUCGCGAGGUGCCAGCCUAUGGGCAGGAGCUGGAGAGCCCACGCGAUAACUGCAUCGUCCAGACGACGGAGUGGAGCGAGUGCUCCAAGAGCUGCGGCAUGGGCAUCUCCGAGCGCGUAACCAACGACAACGAGCAGUGCCAGCUGGAAAAGCAGAGCCGCAUGUGCAUGAUCCGCCCCUGCGACGCUCCCCAGGAGAAGAGCAUCAAGAAGGGAAAGAAAUGUGUGCGCACUCCCAAGUCCCAGAAGGCCAUGCGGUUCGAGCUGUCUGGCUGCACCAGUACGCGGGCCUACAAGCCCAAGUUCUGCGGGGUGUGCACGGACGGGCGCUGCUGCACGCCCCACACCACGGGCACCACAGAGGUGGAGUUCAAGUGCCCCGAGGGGGACACCUUCCUCAAGAAGAUGAUGUUCAUCAGGACCUGCUCCUGCCACCAUGACUGCCCCCGUGACAACGACAUCUUCCUGUCCACCCACCACCGCAGGAUGACCGGAGACUACGAGAACUGAGAGAACGCUGAAAACCUUCCCCGACGUGCCAGCUGUUUCUGCUCCUUAACUAGAACCAUUUCCCCGUGGGACAGUCCCAGCCCUGGUUUACCCUGAUUGGUUGAGCAUGUUUAAAGUUAACACUCCCAUUUCUAAUGCCCCUUGUUGGCAGCUCUGAAAGAAAUGGAUGAACUUGGGUGGGUGUCGACCCCCAAGAGCCCUCUGUGAAAACACCUUUAUUUGGAUACCUGGUUAAUAUCGACUGGGCUUUUUUCCUUUUCACACUGUGUUACCACUGAUGUAGCAAAACGACCCUGAAUAUGUAAAACACUGCUUAGAGAGAUGCCAGUGUAGAUGAAGUAGGUGGGGGGUCGCGUAAACAAGAUUUCUGAAUAAUGAGGCACUUAUUAUAACUGUUAGACCCCUAGAAACUGAUCCAGAUUUUCUAGUAGAGAUAACGAGACCCACAACAAGGGUUUGAUUGCAGUCAAGUAUCAUUGCUAUGCAAGCUGCUAAUUUGCAAGCACCCACAAUUAAACAAAACAAACAACACCAUUGAGGCGUUGCAGUAAAAGCCUGGUUAACUACUAAACCGCAUAGCCCACAGCGACCUCUAGUGGCCACAUGCAGGUGCAUCGGCAAGGUAUGAGAAAGUGCUGUAUCCUCUUGGAGUUCCACCACUAGAGAGAAUGGCAGUAUUUCUCAACAGUAGACCGCUCCAGUGCCUGUUUUAAAUGAAAAAAGCUAGCCUUGCUUUAGCUGUAAAAUUGAUGUGUGUGUUUUUUUUUUCUUUUAAACAAAACUUUUCAGCCAAUUUUUUUGUGGUUAUAUUUGAUGUGCCUUUAAGAGGCUACAGCCACCAACGCUCCCUUUUUUGCAGGAAUCCUAAAAAGAUAACCAAUAGUUUUUGUUACGAUUGUCUUGGUGUAGAUUGCUUUCGGUUGCCUAGGGAAACGAAAUACAUUGCAAUAUCUGAUCAAUUAAAAAAUAUAGCAGUUUGUAAGCAAUACACCUAAUAGCUGUAUAGCAAUUAUAUAAGAUUAAUGUUUCUCUUUCUCCUCAUGCUGGGAAACUGUUCAGCACAGGCUUAGGAGACCUUCAACAUAUAGGAUCUAAAACAACACAUGUAAAGAGUGUGAAACAGAAUGAUUCGGUGUAGCACAUUGUUGUACGUUGUAUUUAAAAAGUAGUCUGUACGGCACUAAAAUGCGACUUGACACAUUUGUAAAUGCAUUGUGUAAAUAGGCUGUGUACAGUUUUGUAUCGUAAUUUAUAUCAUCUUUACACUUGGGAUGUAGGUAUGUUAUACUGUAACCCUCCUGCUUUUACAGCAACUGCUUGCUUUUUACGUACGUUGCAAUACAUGUGAGUAAAUAUUUGUUGCACUUUAGUUGGUUUUCAAUAAAAUUCUAUAUUUUUAUAUACA